CGAGGCGCAGAGAGCAGGCUGGGGCAGUCCUCCCCGAGAUGGCGGGUCUGACAGCGGCAGUCCCGCAGCCUGGCGUCUUGCUGAUCCUCUUGCUCAACCUCCUCCAUCCCGCGCAGCCUGGAGGGGUUCCCGGAGCUGUGCCUGGUGGAGUUCCUGGUGGAGUCCCCGGUGGAGUCUAUUAUCCAGGGGCUGGUAUCGGAGGCCUGGGAGGAGGAGCUCUGGGACCAGGAGGAAAACCACCUAAGCCAGGUGCCGGACUUCUGGGACCAUUUGGAGCAGGUCCUGGAGGACUUGCAGGUGCUGGCCCCGGUGCAGGUCUUGGGGCCUAUCCUGCAGGCACCUUCCCAGGGGCAGGAGCUCUGGUGCCCGGGGGAGCAGCAGGGGCUGCUGCAGCUUAUAAAGCUGCCGCCAAAGCUGGAGCUGGGCUUGGUGGCGUUGGCGGAGUUCCAGGUGGUGUUGGAGUUGGCGGAGUCCCUGGUGGCAUUGGAGUUGGCGGAGUUCCUGGUGGCGUUGGAGUUGGUGGAGUUCCUGGUGGUGUUGGUGGUAUUGGUGGCAUCGGUGGCUUAGGAGUCUCAACAGGUGCUGUGGUGCCUCAAGUUGGAGCUGGCGUCGGGGCUGGAGGAAAGCCUGGGAAAGUUCCUGGCGUUGGUAUUCCAGGUGUAUACCCAGGUGGAGUGCUCCCAGGAACAGGAGCUCGGUUCCCCGGUGUGGGGGUACUCCCUGGAGUUCCCACUGGCACAGGAGUCAAAGCCAAGGUUCCAGGUGGAGGUGGUGCUUUUUCUGGAAUCCCAGGGGUUGGGCCCUUUGGGGGUCAGCAGCCUGGUGUCCCACUGGGUUAUCCCAUCAAAGCACCAAAGCUGCCAGGUGGCUACGGACUGCCCUAUACCAAUGGGAAACAGCCCUAUGGAGUGGCUGGUGCAGGGGGCAAAGCCGGUUACCCAACAGGGACAGGGGUCGGAUCCCAGGCGGCGGCGGCAGCAGCUAAAGCAGCAAAGUAUGCAGGUGCUGGAGGAGCUGGAGUCCUCCCUGGUGUUGGAGGGGGUGGCAUUCCUGGUGGUGCUGGCACAAUCCCUGGGAUUGGAGGCAUUGCAGGCGCUGGAACUCCUGCAGCAGCUGCGGCUGCAAAGGCUGCUGCAAAGGCUGCUAAGUAUGGAGCUGUUGGAGGCUUAGUACCUGGUGGACCAGGAGUUAGGGUCCCAGGUGUUGGUGGCAUCCCAGGUGUUGGUGGCAUCCCAGGUGUUGGUGGCAUUCCAGGUGUUGGUGGCAUCCCAGGUGUUGGUGGCAUUCCAGGUGUUGGUGGCAUUCCAGGUGUUGGUGGCAUUCCAGGUGUUGGUGGUAUUCCAGGUGUUGGCAUCCCAGGUGUUGGGGCCCCUGGUAUCGGAGGUCCAGGCAUUGGGGGUGGACCAGGGCCUGUGCCACCAGCUGCAGCUGCUAAAGCUGCUGCCAAAGCUGCCAAAUAUGGAGCCAGAGGUGGAGUUGGCAUCCCGACGUACGGGGUUGGAGCUGGUGGCUUUCCUGGCUAUGGUGUUGGAGCUGGAGCCGGACUCGGAGCAGGUGCAAGCCCAGCUGCUGCUGCUGCCGCCGCCGCUGCCAAAGCUGCCAAGUAUGGUGCUGGAGGAGCCGGAGCCCUGGGAGGCCUGGUACCAGGUGCAGUGCCAGGUGCAGUGCCAGGUGCAGUGCCAGGUGCAGUACCAGGUGCAGUGCCAGGUGCAGUGCCAGGUGCAGUGCCAGGAGCAGUACCAGGUGCAGUGCCAGGCACUGGUGGAGUGCCAGGAGCAGGUACCCCUGCAGCUGCAGCUGCUGCUGCCGCCGCCAAGGCAGCCGCCAAAGCAAGCCAGUAUGGUGGUUUGGGCCCUGGUGUUGGUGGGGGUCCCGGUGGAAUUGUCCCUGGUGCUAUUAAUGGUAUUGUAGCUCCUCCUCGUGUUGGCGUAAUCAGUGGUCUUGGAGGAGCAGCUGCUGCCAAAUCUGCUGCCAAGGCAGCUGCCAAAGCCCAGUACAGAGCUGCUGCUGGGCUUGGAGCCGGUGUCCCUGGAUUUGGGGCUGGUGCUGGUGUCCCUGGAUUUGGGGCUGGUGCUGGUGUCCCUGGACUUGGGGUUGGUGCUGGUGUCCCUGGAUUCGGGGCUGGAGCAGUACCUGGAUCCCUGGCUGCAUCCAAAGCCGCCAAAUAUGGAGCAGGGGGUGGCCUUGGAGGGCCUGGAGGUCUCGGUGGGCCUGGAGGUCUCGGUGGGCCUGGAGGACUCGGUGGGCCUGGAGGACUCGGUGGGGGUGGUGUUCCCGGUGGAGUAGCAGGAGCUGCACCUUCUGCUGCUGCUGCUGCCAAAGCUGCUGCUAAGGCUGCCCAGUACGGCCUUGGUGGAGCUGGUGGACUGGGAGCUGGAGGACUGGGAGCUGGAGGACUGGGAGCUGGAGGACUGGGAGCCGGUGGACUGGGAGCCGGUGGACUGGGAGCCGGUGGAGCCAUCCCUGGUGCUGCAGGCCUUGGAGGUGUGUCCCCUGCUGCAGCUGCUAAGGCAGCCAAAUAUGGUGCUGCUGGCCUCGGAGGUGUCCUAGGAGCCAGGCCGUUCCCAGGUGGAGGAAUUGCAGCAAGACCUGGCUUUGGGCUUUCUCCUAUUUACCCAGGUGGUGGUGCUGGGGGCCUGGGAGUUGGUGGAAAACCACCGAAGCCCUAUGGAGGAGCCCUGGGAGCCCUGGGAUACCAAGGUGGGGGCUGCUUCGGGAAAUCUUGUGGCCGGAAGAGGAAGUGAUCUUCUGGGGACCCCUGACUCGCGACCUCAUCAACGUUGGUGCUACUGCUUGGUGGAGAAUGUAAACCUUCUAUGACCCCCCCCCACUCCAUCCCCCUGGCCCCUACCUGGGAGGGGACAGCAGGCCAGUGGCCUUGGAAACCCACAAGACAAGGAAAUCAGACAGCAGCAGCCAUGUACCCCUAACCAGAAACUUCCCCCUACAUCAGAGGCCACGGCGGGUGUCCCAUCUCUUCCCACCAAGGAGCUCCCCCACACAGUCUCCAUCUCCAAGGGAAAUUGGUGCUACAUGUUGGUGCUUCUUCUUCGUGGGGGGAGGGAGGCGGGAAGGGUAUCCCAGGGGGACUCCUCCCUUCCCUGAAGCCCCUCUAUUAAGAUGGUGCACAUCUUUAUUGGGCAGUCCCACCUCCCACUGCCCACCAGGUGCCAUUCCUGGCUGCAUCCCAUUGGUACCCAAGUACCGGAAGCCUUGAUGUUGGAUUUGGUGACAUGAUCCCUCUCUCUUUGGGUCCCCCUUGUCCCUGUCUCCUAUUAACAAUAGCUACUUCCCACAUCUGGGACACCGUGGAGUCAGACGGCUCCCCACACUGGGAAUAGCUCCCUUGUUCUUGCGGAAUCCACCUGCCAACCACCCACUCACCUACUCAUCCAUCCAUCCAUCCAUUCGUCCGUCCAUCCAUCCCAACUGCCUAGUGGCACUAAGCUGGCUGGGCACACCCACUUAUCAACCUGGUCCACCUGUCAUGGCAGCCUGUUCCCACCCCCGCCACACACCCCGAUGCUGGCCUAGGGUGCAAAGGGUUGUGCGGUCUGGUCCUCCCCACAUGCAGUACUGUAACCCCCAUCCUCCCUGGAGCCACUCUCUUACAGAGCAUGUCUCACCACCCCACCUCUUUGUGUUUCGCUGUGAUAGAUCAAUAAAAUAUUUUAUUUUUUGUCCUGGA